CCAAAACCAAUUCCUCCAACCCAACGUACAAACAUUACUCCAGAACGUACGAGUCAAUAAGCCAUCACUCUUACCCUUUAGAACAUUUCACUCUGUCAAAACCAGCAUUAGCUUCCUUCAAAAUUUAACUGCUUUUUCGCCUACCAAAAACACACACAUCACACACUCCUUUUAGACCAAAAGAUCAUUCUCUAGGGUUUUGUUUUCACAAAAUCCCCAAUUUCCAUAAUCGUAAACCUCACUUGUUCAUCAUAAUUACGCAUCACGUAACCUAAUUAACCAGUUUCCUCAUCUAAUUCGCAUGUUUUCAGUCAACAAUUGAUCUUUAUUUUGCUGUUUUCAUCACUUUUACGAUGCGAUUGAUGUAAUGACACAUCAAUUUCAUCGAUUUAGCAAUGGUGAGCUGUAUGUUUUCAAUAAUCGUACGGUUUUUGUUCGUGUUAAGCACUAUUUUGUUGAUCAGUGGAUUGGAUUUAGAUGAUUUUGGUGAUGAUAGUGAUGGAAUUAUGAGCUUGUUUCGGCAGGAUUACUCGCCACCGGCUCCGCCGCCACCGCCGCCUCACCCGCCCUCUACUACGUGCGAGGAUGGGCUCGGUGGCAUAGGGUCGUUAGAUACUACUUGUGAGGUAGUUGAUAGUUUGAAUUUGACUCAGAAUAUGUAUAUAGCAGGGAAGGGGAAUUUUUUUAUCCUUCCAAAUGUGACGGUGAGUUGUACGGUUAGUCCGGGGUGUGAGCUUGGGAUAAAUGUGACAGGGGACUUUAGACUAGGCGAAAACGCGCGGAUUGUGGUUGGGUCGUUGUAUCUCGAGGCUACGAAUGCGAGUUUCGGGGAGGGGUCGUUGGUGAACACUACUGGUUUAGGUGGUGAUCCGCCGGAGCAGACGAGUGGGACGCCGCACGGGCUUGAUGGAGCGGGUGGUGGUUAUGGUGGACGAGGAGCUGCGUGUUUGUUGAGUGAUAAGAAGCUUCCGGAGGAUGUUUGGGGAGGGGAUGCGUAUUCGUGGUCAAGUAUGCAGAAGCCGUGGAACUAUGGGAGUAAAGGUGGGACUACUAGUAAGGAGGUGGAUUAUGGCGGUGGUGGUGGUGGGAGGAUAAAAGUUGUGGUUAGGAGUCAUAUUGAGAUGAAUGGUACUUUAUUGGCUGAAGGCGGUGAUGGUGGCACGAAGGGUGGUGGUGGUUCGGGUGGCAGCAUCUACCUCAAGGGUUAUAAGAUGACUGGAAGUGGUUUCAUAAGUGCUUGUGGAGGUGAUGGUUUUGGUGGUGGUGGCGGAGGAAGAAUUUCUGCUGACGUUUAUAGUAGGCAUGAAGAACCCAGAAUCCUUGUCCAUGGUGGUAAUAGUGUGGGAUGCCCAUCAAAUGCGGGUGCUGCAGGGACUUUUUAUGAUUCCGUAACUCGGAGUCUUACGGUUGACAAUUUCAACAUGACAACCGACACAGACACCGUGUUGAUGGAGGUCUCAUAUCAGCCCCUUAUGACAAAUAUUUUUAUCCAAAAUUCUGCCAAGGUCUCUGUUCCCUUGCUUUGGAGCCGUAUCCAGGUUCAAGGGCAAAUUAGUGUUCUUGAUGGAGGUAUCUUGAGCUUUGGAUUGGCACAUUAUGCUUUGUCAGAAUUCGAGUUAGUGGCAGAAGAACUGCUGAUGAGUGAUUCUAUAAUCAAGGUUUAUGGUGCUCUGCGCAUGUCUGUGAAAAUGUUCUUGAUGUGGAAGUCACAAUUGCUUAUAGAUGUUGACGGUGACACGAAUGUGCAGAAUUCGUUUCUUGAGGCUAGCAAUCUUAUUGUCCUCAAGGAGUCUUCUUCCAUACGCUCAAAUGCUAAUCUUGGGGUUCAUGGGCAAGGUUUAUUAAACUUGUCAGGGCCCGGUGACCAUAUUGAAGCACAACGUCUCGUUCUGUCCCUGUUUUAUGGUGUCAAUGUGGGUCCCGGAUCUGUUUUACGCGGGCCCUUAGAAAAUAUGACAGCUAAUGCUGUGGUGCCGAAACUGAGUUGUGAAUCUCAACAAUGUCCAAAUGAACUACUGAAUCCACCAGACGACUGCAAUGUGAAUGCUUCAUUGUCCUUUACUCUUCAGAUCUGUCGUGUUGAAGAUAUCCUGGUUCAAGGCCUUAUAAAAGGGUCUGUUGUUAACUUCCAUAGGGCAAGGAGUGUUACUGUUGAAUCUACUGGGACAAUUAGUUCCUCAAAGAUGGGUUGCAUAGGAGGUAUCGGCAAGGGGGAAGUGUUGAGUGUUGGUGUUGGCAGUGGGGGUGGUUAUGGUGGUAGUGGUGGGUAUGGUUGUUAUAACGGGACCUGCAUUGAGGGCGGGCUUCCAUACGGAAAUGCCGAUUUGCCUUGUUGGUUAGGUAGUGGAGGAGGAAAUGAUGACAUUACUGACUCAACUGCUGGUGGUGGUGUUAUAGUGAUUGGUUCGUUGGAUCAUCCCUUGUCAAGUUUGUAUGUUGAUGGUUCAUUAGGAGCUGACGGAGGAAGUCAUAGUGUCGGAAAAUAUGAUGAUUGGUUCCAAGGGGAUGAGGAUGGGGGUGGGGGUGGGGGGUCUGGUGGAUCAAUUCUUGUGUUCUUGAAUGCUUUGACAGUUGGUGAGUCUGGAUUUCUUUCGAGCGAUGGCGGUCAUGGAAGUGAAAACGGGAGCGGUGGUGGUGGGGGUGGAAGAAUCCAUUUUCAUUGGUCACGCAUACCAACCGGGGAAAUAUAUCAACCUGUUGCUACUGUCAAAGGAAACAUCUCUGCUUGGGGAGGGUUGGGUGGAAAUGAAGAAGGUGCUGGCGAAACUGGAACAGUGACUGGAAAAUCUUGUCCGAAGGGGCUAUACGGCACAUUUUGCGAGGAAUGCCCUAUUGGUACAUACAAAAAUGUUACAGGAUCUGACAGGGAACUAUGUUUUGAUUGCCCAGCCAAUGAGCUUCCUCAUCGUGCAUACUAUAUUAAAGUACGAGGGGGCACCAUUGAAACUCCAUGUCCCUACAAAUGCAUAUCAGACAAAUAUCAUAUGCCACAUUGUUACACUGCUCUUGAAGAGUUAAUGGACACAUUUGGCGGCCCUUGGUUAUUUGGGCUUCUUCUAUUGGGCCUUCUUAUUCUCUUAGCAUUGGUGCUUAGCGUUGCAAGAAUGAAGUUUGCAGGAUUUGAUGAGUCAUCAGGGUCUGCUCCAACACAUGGCUCUCAGAUCGAUCACUCAUUCCCAUUCUUGGAGUCUCUCAAUGAGGUGUUGGAAACAAACAGAGUGGAGGACUCUCAAGGUCAUGUGCAUAGGAUGUACUUUAUGGGACAAAAUACGUUCAGGGAACCGUGGCAUCUUCUGCACACACCUCCCGAACAAGUCAUAGAUAUUGUGUAUGAGGGUGCGUUUAAUAGAUUUGUAGAAGAAAUUAACGCGCUAGCGACUUAUCAAUGGUGGGAGGGAUCAAUUUACAACAUUCUUUUUUUCCUUGCUUAUCCUCUUGCAUGGUCAUGGCAACAAUGGAGGCAAAAGUUGAAGUUGCAAAGACUACGCGAGUUUGUUAGGUCUGAGUAUGACCAUGCCUGCUUGCGUUCUUGUCGAUCACGUGCUCUUUAUGAAGGCCUAAAGGUAGCUGCAACAUCUGAUUUAAUGCUAGCUUAUGUGGACUUCUUUCUUGGCGGCGAUGAAAAAAGAAGCGAUCUCCCUCCUCGUCUUCAUCAAAGAUUUCCAUUGUCUCUUUUGUUUGGUGGUGACGGAAGUUACAUGGCUCCCUUCUCACUUCAUAGUGACAAUGUCAUCACAACUCUCAUGAAUCAGUGUGUACCUCCUACCACUUGGUAUCGGUUUGUAGCUGGUUUAAACGCACAAUUGCGGUUGGUUCGUAGAGGUCGACUUAGGGUGAUGUUUUCCCCAAUUGUCACGUGGAUUGAAACUUAUGCCAAUCCGACAUUAAAGAUUUACGGUGUACGCGUUGACCUGGCUUUGUUUCAAGCUACAAGUGGGGACAAUCAUCAAUAUGGAAUUGUCGUAACUUCCGUACGGGGUGACCCAACGGGACAGCUGCCUAGUAAUAAUGAUAAUGUCUUUCGAGAAGAUUCAAGAGAAGAUAAGGCUGCAUAUCAGGGGCAGGGGGAUAUCAAUGAGAACCUGAUACAAAAAAAGAGUUAUGGUAGAGUAUUAGAUAUCGACAGUGUCAAAUCACUAAAAGAAAACCGACAAAUAGUUUCAUAUUCUCUCUCCUUUAUUAUCCAUAACACCAAACCCGUUGGCCACCAGGAUCUAGUUGGUUUGGUGAUCUCAAUGCUACUAUUGGGAGAUUUUAGUCUUGUUUUGCUUACAUUGCUCCAGUUAUAUUCUUUUUCUUUAGCACACGUAUUCUUGGUUCUAUUAAUUUUGCCACUCGGGAUAUUGCUUCCGUUUCCUGCUGGUAUCAAUGCUCUGUUUAGUCAAGGACCUAGGCGGUCAGCCGGGCUGGCCCGUAUAUAUGCUCUCUGGAACAUAACAUCCUUAGUCAACGUCGUGGUUGCUUUUUUCUGUGGUUAUGCUCAUUACUCGAGUCAGGCUAGUAAAACGCCUUCAGAUCUCCAGCCGUGGACCAUGGAGGAAAGCGAGUGGUGGAUAUUUCCAGUUGCGCUAGUUUUGUGUAAAUGCAUCCAGUCUAUCUUCAUAAAUUGGCAUAUUGCAAACUUAGAAAUUCAAGAUCGGUCGUUAUAUAGUGGUGACACUGACAUGUUUUGGCAAUCGUCAUAGCUUUAGGUCUAUUUAUUUAUUUAUUAAUUUUCGAAUCUACCUUUUUUGGCUGUUCAUUCUACUAGGCUAAAAGGAUAUUGCUCCAAGUUUAUCGUUGUUUUAUAUAAAUAAACUUCGGGUAAUUUCUUAUA